CAUUUUAGAAUUAUCAUGCAAUGUCAAGACAAGGACACCCGGCUCUCGGGACACACACAUCUAUAUGACAAGUCUUCCAGUAUCCGUUUCCCAAAUAUGUAUACAUAUAAAGAAUGGGAAUGGCUGACCUUUUUAGCUUGUAUCAUCGUCAUUAAAAACAGGAGACAGACCAAUUUUCUUAGUUACAUUUCUACAGCAUGCAUGUUUGGCAAAGCUCUUAACUUCCUUCUUUUCUUGAAACAAGGACCUAUAUAUGGAUUGUGUUUUGCUAUUCCUUGUUUAUUACAUCUCAUAUUUUGUCCAGAACCAGCCUAUGCUGGCCCAGAGAAUCUCACUUACUUCCGUGGCUCACACUUACCAGAUGAAAUUGAACGAGAUAAAAGAAUUUCGUGGGUCAUUGCUUUCUAUGCUGCUUGGUCACCAGCUUGUAUCAGCUUUGCUCCAAUAUUUGCUGAAGUUUCAUCUGAAUACAGCCUACCAAAUUUAAAAUUUGGAAAACUUGAUGGAUCUCGCUAUCCUGAUAUUGCUAAAAAAUAUAACAUUGAUACAAGUACUUGGUCAAAACAACUUCCAGCUGUUAUCCUUUUCCAAGAAGGCAAGGAAAAAAGCAGGCUUCCCAUACUUGAUGCUAAGAACAAAGUCGUGAAAUAUAACUUCCAGAAAGAAAAUUUUAUCAGAGAUAUUGGCUUAAAUGAUGCCUUCCACCAGUGCAAGAAAACUUGCCCCAAAGAGAAGAAACCUAAAGAAAAUGACCCAAAGAAUAGCACAGCUGACAAAGAUUUGGAUUCAAAAAAGAAAGAUUGAAAUAAUUUGUGUGUGUAUGUGUGUGUUACUUGGCCAGACUGUUUUUCUAACCUCAAUAUGUGUGAGUUAAUAUAGACAUUUGAAAUACCAUUAAUUCUUUAUAGAGAUAAGUGGAAAAGUAAAAUAAAAUUAGCUUCUUUUGUAUGUUAUGUGUAUGAUUUUUUUUCCAUAUCUAUCUAUCUUUAUAUAUAUAUAUAUAUAUAUUGCAGGUAAACCUAUCAUUGUUUUACAUUUUGUUUCAUAGUUAAAACUUUUAAAGCUUCAUUUUAUUUCAUUAACACAUAGGAAAGUGAAAGUAAAAAAAAAAAAAGUCAACAGUAAAUACGAAAAGUUAGUAACAAUACUUCUUGAACAGUAGAAGAUUUGAAUGUUUAUUCAAAGCUAUACAUUGACUAACAGUCUUUUGGUUAGUUACUUAUUUAUUAAGCUUUGAGUAUUUUUAUGAGCUACAAAGCAUCUGUUUGAAAGGUUAGAAGGAAAUAUAAAGCUUGAUUUAGUUAUUUAUAUUUAAUAACAAGCACAAUGGCUGUUUGGAGGUUAAGGAUUUUGCUUUUGUACCUCUGAACAAGUCACUUAACUCUACUUCAGUUUGACUGAACAUAAAAUUAUUUCAUAAUUGUGUGGUUAGCUGAAAGACAUUAAAAGCUGUUAAAACAAUUGCUUUGACAAAUAAAAUAGAUUGGUCAUGUGAUUCAAUCAGAAUUCUACUUCUCAAAGUAUUUCUUUGCAGUAUUUGCAUUUUACCUGAUUAUUGAAAAAUUUAAGCUUACAUGUUGCUGGCUCGUAAGGUUUCUAACUAUGCAAUCGUACAAACAGAACAAAAGAUUUUCUGUCAAUAAAGUUGCAAUGGAACUCUUUCAUGCAGCCAAUUUCUCCAUCUACAAUACAUUAUGUCACUCUUUCCCAAAACACCUAACUGGAAUUGUGGAACAGUUUUUUGAAGAAUAAUAAAAAUGCAUUUCAAAAUCA